UAUAAUAAAAUCUCACAUCACUUGAUAGUGAUAUUAAUUCUAACAUUUCUAACCAAAAAUACUAAGUAACUUGCGAACUUAUGUCACAAAAACUAAUCUAAUCCACCGAAUUUUUAUUCGUUUUUACAUGUUUGUCAGUUAACUAAAUAUAAUUUUUAGCUAUCAACGUUAAUGAAAUGUUAACCAGACUGUUUAAAAGAACAUUUUCAUCAAAGUUGCAAUCUGAGUUUAUUAACAAAGAUUCGAUUGAAUUGAAAAUUAAGACACUAGAGAAAUCAGGGAAGGAUAUAAUUGGUCCACCAGAUCCAGUUUCAAAUCUUCGCCCAAUUAUACGCCAUGAAACUCCUAAUGAGACAUUGCUAGAAGCUAGACUUCGACAGAAACAAAACGAAACUCAGGAGUGGAAUCACCAAUUUUGGACCAAACAUAAUAAUAAAUUUUUUAAGGAAAGAAAAGAAUACAUCAGUUUAUAUACAAAUGGAGAUGAUAAAUCAAAAUUAACAGCUGAUGAAAUGAGCCUUUUUUAUAAAUCAUUUUUGGAUAAAAACUGGCGAACACAUUUUGACUAUAAUUUACAAUGGUAUAAAAGAAAUUUUAGUAUUUUAUUAUUAUCUUUUCGUGUUAACUUUCACAAAUUACUUCGAAGGAAUAAAUCUUAGUUAAAUAUUAAA